AUGAUGAACAAGAAUUCGGACAAACUGUUCACUGGUCUAAAACUCCAUAAGAAAUCGGACGAACUCUUUCGUAGCAAAACCUUUCGUCAGUGGGUCGCUUUCAUCAUACUAACCCACAAAAAGGAACUUUCGACCGCCUGGGAAACAAUACGCUCGACUUUGGAACGUCACUACACGGAAGAUGAUGUGCUGAGCAGUGUCCUAGCUUCAGGACUAGAAGCAAAGGACGACCUAAUGCGAUCUAUCGCUUUACAUGUGCUAGAUUCUCAGCUGGAGAAGUGGAAGGACCAUCUAUGGGCCAAGUGGACGAAAGCACACAAUGAGCUUACCACCAAAGAAAUGCUUUUGAUUUUAAAAAGCUUUUACACGGAAGAUGAUAUGCUGGCGAGUAUUCUAGUUUCCGGACUAGAAUCAAAUGACGACCAUAUGAGACUUCUCGCUUCAGAUUUGCUGAUUGAUCAGUUAAAGGAGUGGAAAGGGGGGAAAAGUAUGGAGGAUAUCUUAACGCUUUUGAAACUUCAAGACAAAGGUGUCGGGCUUUUUGAUAGCCCUGCUUUCUUAAUGUAUAUCGAUUCUUUCAAGCCCACUGAAACGCUUUCCACAACGGGUCUACUCUCUGCAUUGAAUAGUAUAUACACGAAAGAUACUGCGUUUGCGGAAGCUCUAGUUUCAGGACAAGACGCAAAGAACGAGAGUAUGAAAACUCUUGCUGAUGAGCUGAUACAUUUGCAGCUCUCGGAGUGGAAAGGCAACAAAAACCGGAACGAGGUGAUUUCUAAACUUUUAAAAAUUACUCCUUUAAAGGGUAUCAAUCCAAAAGAUCCAAGCACGUAUCCACUGUAG